AUGGAUUUCCACAGCCUUCUGAGAAGAGAUCUUCAAUUUCUAUGCAAGAAGAACAAAAUCCCAGCCAAUAUGACCAACGUUGCCAUGGCCGAUGCUCUCAAAGCUCUUGAGAUUGUCGAAGGUCUUGAUGAAUACAUGAAUCAAUCCGACGCCAAUGGUCCUCACUCUCCAGCCACUGUAGCGAAGCAGCCACCAAAUACUGCAACCAGAACAACUCGAAGGAAGACGGCAGUAAAAGCUGAACCGCAGUCAUCAUCACAGUUGGUGAACAAGUCUCUCGCUGGAGAAAUGGAGCAGGAACCGAAGACUAGCAGUGUCAAGUUUGAAGCCAGUGUGGCCAAAACUCCUGCAGCACGAAGCACAAGGAAAGCUUCAGCAGCGACUUCUUGUAGCAGCAAAGUUCAGGAGAGUAAGAAGGGUGAGUUGGUCCAGUCGGUGUACAGCACCAGGAGAUCAACAAGGCUGUUGGAAAAAUGUAUGGCUGAUUUGAGUUUGAAGACUAAAGAAACUUUGAAUGAUAAACCUGCGGAGAACGAAGAAGCAGAAGAAAAAGUAUCUGCAGAGGAGAAGAAUUCAGCUGGUUCAGAGGAGAGAAUUGAGGAGGCUGAAGUUAUCCCAGGUAGAGAUUUAAGUGCUUCCAUGGAGAAAGAAUGGGAGAUCUUGAAGAAUGACAGUGACCAGAUCGUUGAAGAUCUUCAGCUUUCUGUUGGUCUUGGUGAUAUUGCUGUUUCUGAUGCAAACACUGAGGCAAACAUGGUGACGACGAAUGAAGUUGUGGGUGAUGAAAAAGAAUCCGAGAGUAGCUUAGUCCAAGUAGACAAACAAGAAGAAACAUUGCAGGCUAUGUGUGAGGAGGAAAGUUUGAAGAAGAAUGACAAUGAUCAAGAGGUUGGAGAUCUUGAGAUAUCUGCUGAUCUUGGUGACAUUCCUGUCAUGGAAUAUGCAAACACUGAGACUAACGAUGACAAUAAAGAGAUCAAGAGCGUUCUAGCUUUCGACAGUUUAGUACAAGUGGACCAAGAAGCAAUUCAGGAGAAUGAUUCCGAGCCUGAGAAAAUCAACAAUUUCGAUGAAGAAACAAUGGUGGACCAAACCAAUGGUGAUGCUGGUGAUUCAGAAACUGAGCCGGAAGAAGUUGACUCAGACGGCACUAUCUCUGAAGCUGAUUCGAACCAAGCCGUGCAGGGAUCUGAUAUUGCCGACGAAGAGAUGAUUCUUUCUGAUUCUGAAGGUUCUGCUGCUGCCCCAAAUUCUCCACCUCUUCUUCUUGAAGAGGCUACAGUCAACACAGCUCCAUCGUCUCCAAUUGCAGCAGAAUCAAUCUCAGUUCAGUUUCCAAGACCAAGCAAACCAACAACAACAGCAACUCCAGCAAAGAACUCGGCUAUGAAGCUGGUCAAUGUCGAUAACAAUAACAAGGAGAACGACAUGGAGAUGAUGAGUGUUGUUAACAAUAAUGAUAACGGAGAGAGCAAAGGAGAGGCUAAUAAGAAGAAGAAGAAGGUGCAGUUUGAUGAAGACUACUUGAAAGAUGUGAGCAUGAGGCAACUUAUAAAGAUGGUGAAGGAAUUUACUAUUAAGGGCAGUAACAACAGAACUGCACUGCAGAUGUUACCUGGUAAUAAUCAGAUUGCAGAAUAG